AUGGCCAGAGGCCAAGGACCAGGGCUUGUGACUCCAGAACAGGCCAGCAUUUGGGGCAAGAGGCAUUGCUUGGAUUCCUGCACAGCUAAGUUGAAUCCUAACAAAGAGAGGGGCAGCACUUUUAUCUGGGAAGUGGACAACUUUGACGAAAAGUGGACUCCAGGGAGGAAAAAGAGGGGCAACAUUCCACCUGGAGUGAGGACUCCCCGCAGUCCGCACCAAUCGUGCAGGCUUACCGCGCCCCCGCCGAGCGCACUCUCAGUCCCACACCCCGCAUCCUCUGCCCAGGCCAGGCGGUUGGCUGAGCUCGGCCCUACCCCACUGUCUACCCAACGCCGCAGCCCUGGCGAGUCAGCCAAGUGCGCCCGGGUUCCCCGCGUGGCCCCUCGGCGGGCCUGGCGCCUCCAAGGUCGCCGUGGCAACCGUGGGGUCCCGAUCUCUGUUUCCCUGCGCCCUGCCCAGAAGCCUGGACAGCCGCGGCGGUGGCGGGAGCGAGCGGCCUCGGCCCCUCCCAAGAGGGGGCAGCGCGACCAUGGGCUGCGGGCGCCGCCUCUGCUGCAUCGGUGGCUGCGCGUUCCGCUCAGCUCAGCCUGGCUCGGACCCGGAGUCUGGGCGCGCCUGGCCGCCUUCCCCUCCUCCUCUGUGGCCGCCUCGCGCCGGCAGUUCCUUCAGGCGAGACGCGUUCGAUCCUCCUUCUCUGGGUUUACGGAUUUCCGGGGGCGAAGAAUUUUGCCUCGGUCCCUACGAGCAUCUCUCAGCCUUUCUCCCCCUCCCCUCGCGACUCCCCACCCCGUGGGCGCGCGCGCGCACACGCACUCACACUCGCAGGCGCGCGUGCGCACGCCCGCGCGCCCCGAGCCGCGGAGUCUCCAGCUCCGCUCAGCAGAUCCCUGCUCUCUUGGGCGCCGCUACUCACACAGGCUUCCAGCCGCCACGGGGCGUCCUCUGUCCGCGGCGGCGGCGACGGCGGCGGCGGAGGGAACGGCGGCUGCAGCCCGGCCCCGUCUCGCAGCUCCUUGCCCGGGACAGAGUCUGGGAGAAGCCGAGAAGGGGGAGGACGCCGAGGCGAGGAGGAGCCGCGCCGCGCCCGGCGCCCGGCUCCGCGCGGCGGGCUGCCUCCGCUCUUCAUACCGCGGCCCCAGGUUGUCACCCUCCCGCCCUGCUUCCCUUCUCCUCCUUGCCUCGGCGGACUCCGCUCCGGUGCGGGCCGGAAACUUUCCUCUCUGCCUUGUCUGUGCUAGAUACUAUUGUUGUUAUUUGUGAGUGUCCCCUCUCACGGGGAAGUCGGACACCUUGGACAGGUCUUCCUCGGCGGGAGCGCUCCCUGCCCGGCCUAGCCUGAGGCACAGGGGGCAGUGGGUAGCCGGACAGUGCGGCUGCCAGGGUGCAGAGCCCGCGCCUCCGCAGCUGGACAUCCGCCGCCUCCCGGCCUCUCCGGACUCGACACGUGCGCGCCUCCCACGGACGCGGCACCUCCCGGACCACCCCACGUCCUCCCCCUGCACGGCCACGGCCACCCCAUAGGUUGGACACCCGGGGCUCGCGGGUCCUGAUUGGCUGAAGGCGUAACCCCGCCCACUUUUUUGGAGGGGGGUGGUUCUGGAGUGUUGUGGUUGUCAUCCCGCGGCGAGCACAUGGGGAAGUGGGGUCGACAGGUGGGGAAGCCCAGCUCUGUAGGAUCGCCGCGUCUCACUGUGUGUACCCGCUUAGCCACCCUCCUUCCCC